AUGGUCAGCUCCUGUUGUGGCUCUGUCUGCUCUGACCAGAGCUGUGGUCAAGGUCUCUGCCAGGAGAGCUGCUGCCGCCCCAGCUGCUGCCAGACCACCUGCUGCAGGACCACCUGCUGCCGCCCCAGCUGCUGCAUUUCCAGUUGCUGCAGGCCUUCCUGCUGUAUCUCCAGCUGCUGCAAACCCAGCUGCUACCAGACCACCUGCUGCAGGACCACCUGCUGCCGCCCCAGCUGCUGCAUUUCCAGUUGCUGCAGGCCUUCCUGCUGUAUCUCCAGCUGCUGCAAACCUAGCUGCUGCCAGACCACCUGCUGCAGGACCACCUGCUGCCGCCCCAGCUGCUGCAUUUCCAGUUGCUGCAGGCCUUCCUGUUGUAUCUCCAGUUGCUGCAAACCCAGCUGCUGCCAGACCACCUGCUGCAGGACCACCUGCUGCCGCCCCAGCUGCUGCAUUUCCAGUUGCUGCAGGCCUUCCUGCUGUAUCUCCAGCUGCUGCAAACCCAGCUGCUGCCAGACCACCUGCUGCCGCCCCAGCUGCUGUAUCUCUAGCUGCUACAGGCCCCAGUGCUGCCAGCCCUCCUGCUGCCGCCCAGCGUGCUGCAUUUCUAGCUGCUGUCAUCCCAGCUGCUGUGUGUCCAGCUGCUGCUGCCCCUCCCGCUGCCAGACCACCUGCUGUAGAACAACCUGCUUCCGCCCCAUCUGCUGUGGCAGUUCUUGCUGCUGAGUGAACCUGCUCUGGAUUUGUGCACCUUCUUGCUCUCAUCCUUCAGUUCAGACAGAGUAUCUAUUCAGAGAACAUGUGGACUUCCUGAUGUCAUGAAAACAGAGGCAUGAACUGAUUUGGAAAAUACUUCAUUAGUAUGUAUUCUCUUUUAUAGAAGUUUUUGUUACUAUUGAAUCCAAAUUUACAGUCAAAUUCUACAUCACACGUUUUAGAAUUCUUCAUUCUAAUUCAACACACAUAAAUCUUCAAAUGGUACCCUUCUAGAUGUUUCUUCCUAAUGUUUUCUGUGGAAUCAAUUUUCACCUGGAAUUGUUUGAUUUUCCUCAAUAAAACUUCAUAGUAUUCAAAAGCA